UCGUAUGGAUUGCCCGAGGACAAGAUGGCAAUUGAAACCAAGACGGCAACGACAUUUCAAGAAGACCAAGGCAAGACUUCGACCCUCUAAGCCAGUUUCAUCCACCCUCGACCGGUUCAUUCCCCAUCGCCACAUCGAUAUCUCAGAGUUUCAACUCAAUUCUAGUAUAAAGAAGAAGAAGACGGAACAAGACAAACGGCAACAACCGUCGUCAUCCUCGAUGUCGCAAUCAUACGAGACCAUGGGAGAGAGUUUCACGACAUCGUCCUCCGAUGAAAGUUUGAUGUCUGUGUCGACAUCGAGCUCGCUCUCAACUUCGUUUUCCGAUGAUGCCUUAGAUGAUACGACUUGCUGCGGUGAUCCCUUCAGCGAAGAAGUUGCUGCAAUUCUUUUUGAAGGAUAUGACAAGAAAAGUGGAGAUGUAUUGAAUUUCAAGUCACGAAAAUACAAAGCAAAGGGCAGAGACUCAUUAUUUUCGACUUCGCGUCACUGUCAUGGAUGUGGAAAUAUUGGGACUAUGACAAGCAGACGACAUGCUUAUAACCACCGUCGAAUGUAUUUGGAUAAUCUCCAGCCAGAGCGAAUAAUUGGAAUGGGACAACGUUAUGAUAUCGCCGAUGUCCAAACUGACGGCGAUGUCCUUUUCAUAAAUGAUGACGAUGUCCACGUUUGGAACCCAAUCUCGAACGUCAGUUGUGAACUUAUUUUUAAGAAAAGUGAUGACGUCACCAAGAUCAGCUGUGCUGGAUGGCGUGACAAUGCGAAGAUGUUUGCAACUGCAACAACCCUUGCACAGAAUCGGGCUUUUAUUACAUUGACAAACCUAGAAUCAAGAAUAUGGCGGGAGUACUAUGACGAAUUUGAACUCGAAUCAAGUCCUUUAUGCAUUCAAUGGAAUAGAAUCGGCAUUACCUGCGGCUGCGAAGACGGCGGUGUGUAUCACUACGACGACCGAUGCAGAUCAAACAGACCUGUUCUAAUGUUUGAUGGGCACUGCAUGCCAGUCGUUUCCUGUCGUUACAAUAAAGCUCGAGACCUUCUUGCAACCGGCGAUUUGCAGGGGGACCUGAUGAUCUGGGAUAUGAGACAACCUAAAAUCCCAGCCAACAGUUUCAAAGAGGCCCAUAAAGGAAGGAUUUCGGGGAUGUCUUGGUGUCCAUGGCAACCGGAUCUCUUGGCAACCGGAAAUGCCCGGCAUCAGCCAACAUUGAAGUUCUGGAACCUCCUCACUGGACUCAAGAGUAGAGAACGACGAGUAUCUCACGAGGUUACCUCUCUUCAAUGGCUCGAGAGUGAACAGGAGCUUAUUUCAAGUCAUAAGGGUACUCCAGAAGCCAUUGUUUUCUGGAACUACCCUUCGCUGGAACGCUGUGGCACCCUGACAAAUGACGAUGACGGAACGAAUAGCACAGGACUAGUCAGCGUCAAGAAAUCAUAUCAAAUGAUUGCCACAUCGGAAGAAAGUGAUUCCAUUUACGUCUGGGAUUUAGAACAGACCAGGGAAUCCAUGACGUCACAGAGGGGACAACCAUCCACCGUUCUUUCCGGGAGACGAUCGCUCAUUCACCUGGGACUGAUGAGAUGAGAAAUUAUGGAAACGUUGUUUUUUCAUUUACAUGUACGUCGUUCAGUCACCGCAUAUAAGUCUGAAUGUCCUGUCCCAUAUACAGGCCAACAAGUGACAAAUGGGGCAAGGUAUGCUUGGACACAAUUGGACAUAAUUAAAGGCAAAUUAAUUGACGAAGCUUUUGAUCCCGCAAUUUAGUAAAUAACCUCCAUCCUCUAUACCCCAAAUAUUGUUCAUGUUAAUUUGCAUGCCCUAUUUAUAAUAAUA